AUGACCCCAACAGCCACUACAGUGACAACUAGAACCACUUCAAGCGUCACCACUGUCACUAUUCCUGAUUCACCAACAACCAAAACAGUCCCUCCAUCUAGUACUACCACUUUUAGCGGGCCAGAUAUCACAUCGACCCAGAGCUCUAGUAGUACUACCAUGGUAUCUGCAUCUGUAUGCCCCAGCCUUGUUAGAAAUCCAUCCUACACACCCCUUGCCGUGUUGCCAGAUGACUAUACCUGGGGUUGCGCACCCGGGUAUCUCUGCAAGCCACCUCACACGGGUGAUCGCUCGGGAUGCAAUGUGGAAGCAGGUCUCCCUGACCCCGGAUACGUCUGCAACCCCUCAGACUGCAUUGUAGCUCCGCCUGUGGACAUCCAUCCAUCAUGGCAGUACAAUGUCUCUCACAAUUAUUACAACCUCAACCCGGAGGACUUCGGUCUCAACUACUCCAUCUUCCGUUUCUCGGAUGACCUGGUUGCAGCCAACAGUAAACGAGAAAUGUCGUUUUGGGACUUCGAUGUCGCCCAAAAGUCAAAACGGGCUGACGUAACGAAUAUUCCUGCUUCGUGUUACAAUGAUUGCAACUAUGCUGCACGGGAGCCGCAGAAGCUUGGGAAGACAUCUGAGCUGUGCAAGAGUGGCUCGGCGUUCAUGGUAAACUUGGGUAUUUGCGAGGGGUGCAUCACUGACAACGACGAACCUGGCUCUGAUGCAUAUUCAUCCAGAAUGUUGCCGUCAUUUGCACAGUGGCUGAAUUUCUGCUCCGACAUGGUCACUUCCACAACACAGGAAAGUGCCACUAGCACUAAAAUGGAAACCACGGCAACCACGACCCGAGUCACCGAUAGAACUACUACUACAAGCACUGAAGCAACGACAGCAGCCACAACAAUGAAUACCCAAGCUACCAUCACCAAAGUUACCAGCGCUGAAGCGACAAGCACAGAAGCUAGCAGCACCACAUAUACCGGCACUGAACCCACCACCACCAAAGUUACCACUACCAAAGUUGGCAGUGAAGAGACAAGCACUGAGCCCAAAAAUACUGAGUCAGAGAGCACCCAGUCCACCGACAAGAACAUUGCUGUCACUGGCAUAGAUAAAACAGCCAGCUCAAUAGAGACAACUCCAUCUGUCGCUCUCAUCACAACCUCAGCUUCCGGUUCAGCCGUGACAACCUCAGUGUCUGGUUCACUCGUCACAACUUCUUUCUCUGGAUCUGUUGUGACAAUCUCAACGUCAGGCUCGCUUGUGACAAGCUCAGUGCCUGGAUCAAUUAUGACAACUUCGGUAUCUGGCGUGCUUAUCACAACAUCAUUGCCCGGUUCAAUCAAGACUGUGUUGAGCACUCUAGGUCCAGGCUCAGGCGAUGAAAGCACAUCUCACAAUGUUUCGGGUAAUACAUCGGGCUCUGGUGGCGGAAGUCAAACUGAUUCAGCAACUGCCUCCACAUUUUCUGCGUCCUACAACGCGGCACGAUCUAUAAAUAUUCCUCAUGUUGGCCUAAUGGGUCUUUUGUGGGCUGCUUUCGCACCACUCCUUUAG